AUGUUUAGGAAGUCAGUAUCCAAGGUGGUGCCCUCUAGGGCUCUGCUUCGUCCCCACCGCGGUUUUUCCACUUCACUCCCCGUCAAGAGAAUCGUUGCGACUAAUCCGAUUAAGGCAGAGCACGUCAAAUCAUGGUCUUCAGGCAAAUAUCCUCUCAUCGAACACGAAUACGAUGCUAUCGUCGUUGGUGCUGGUGGCGCGGGUCUUCGCGCUGCCUUCGGACUUGCGGAAGCUGGUUUCAACACGGCUUGCAUUACCAAACUAUUCCCAACCCGGAGUCACACUGUCGCAGCGCAGGGUGGUAUCAAUGCUGCUCUCGGUAACAUGACGGAAGACGACUGGCGAUGGCACAUGUACGAUACGGUUAAAGGCUCUGACUGGCUUGGUGACCAGGAUGCUAUUCAUUAUAUGUGCCGCGAAGCUCCUGGGUCAAUUAUUGAGCUCGAGCGUUAUGGUGUUCCAUUCUCCCGUACCAAGGAUGGAAAGAUAUACCAGCGUGCCCUUGGUGGUCAGUCUUUGAAUUAUGGGAAAGACGGUCAAGCGUAUCGUUGUGCUGCGGCCGCCGAUCGUACCGGUCACGCCCUCCUCCACACCCUUUACGGCCAGUCACUCCGACACAACACACAGUUCUUCAUUGAAUAUUUUGCACUGGAUUUGAUUAUGCAGGAUGGCGAGUGUGUUGGAGUCAUCGCGCUCAACAUGGAGGACGGUACGCUCCACCGCUUCAGGGCUCAUAAAACGGUCCUCGCAACAGGGGGUUACGGUCGUGCGUAUUUCAGCUGCACGAGUGCACACACUUGUUCGGGUGAUGGUAAUGGAAUGGCUGCUCGUGCUGGCCUUCCUUUGCAGGACCUGGAGUUUGUUCAGUUCCACCCAACCGGUAUCUAUGGCGCUGGCUGCCUUAUUUCUGAGGGUUGUCGUGGCGAGGGAGGCUACCUCUUGAACUCCGAGGGUGAGCGUUUCAUGGAGCGUUAUGCACCCACUGCCAAGGAUCUUGCUUCCCGUGAUGUCGUAUCUCGUUCGAUGACAAUUGAGAUUCGUGAAGGACCUCAGCCAUUUGCCCCUGAAAUUCUCCACGAGAGGUUGCCCGGUAUUUCCGAGACUGCUGCCAUUUUCUCUGGAGUCGAUGUCUCAAAGGAACCCAUCCCAGUGCUACCUACUGUCCAUUACAACAUGGGUGGUAUUCCUACUCGAUAUACUGGCGAGGUGCUGACUGUUGAUGAGAACGGCAAGGACAAAAUUGUCCCUGGUCUGUAUGCAGCUGGUGAGGCUGCGUGUGUGUCAGUUCACGGCGCGAACCGUCUUGGCGCAAACUCCCUCUUGGAUCUCGUCGUCUUCGGUCGUGCGUGUGCUCAACAUAUCACGGAGAACUUGACUCCCGGAAAGCCUCAUCAGGCUAUUCCUGAGGAAGCUGGCCUCGAGUCCGUAGAGUUCUUAGACCAAAUCAGAAAUGCAAAUGGCCCAAAAACUACUGCUGAUUUAAGGUUGGAGAUGCAAAAAGCCAUGCAAUCUGAUGCUGCUCUCUUCCGCACGCAGCAGAGUCUCGACGAAGGUGUUCAAAAGAUCCAUCAGAUAUACAAAUCGUUUGACAAUGUUGGUAUUAAGGAUAGAAGCAUGAUUUGGAACUCUGAUCUGGUUGAGACUCUUGAGCUGCGCAACCUUCUACAGUGUGCAGUCCAAACUAUGACGGCUGCUGCAGCUCGUAAGGAGUCCCGAGGUGCUCACGCUCGUGAGGACUACCCUGAGCGUCAUGAUGAUAAGUGGAUGAAGCACACUCUCACGUGGCAGGAUAAUAUCGACUCACCCGAUGUCACUGUCAAGUACCGUGGUGUAAUUGAUAAGACACUGGAUGAAACUGAAUGCAAGGCAAUCUCACCAUUCAAACGCACAUACUGA